ACUAGAAAUUUCCCAGAAUUCUCUACGAAAAACCAGUGUGGAUCGAUGCUCACUCGAUCGGCGAAUAUUGCCCAGAAUGCACUGCGUUCAUACCAGAAUGCAUUGCGUCUGACCCACAAUACACUGCGUGUGACCCACAAUACAUUGCGUUCGAUGGAUCCGAAAAUGGCGCACGGUGGCGCGAAGAAAAUGACUUAUAAAUGGACAGACGAGGAUGUGGAUAAAUUGAUCCGCCUGCGGAUGGAGAAGGAGAGCCUGUUUUCAGGCAAAAGAUUCGCUUCAGCUGCCGGAUGGGAAGCAGUGAUACAGGAAUUGGGGCUGACAGAAUUUAUUAGUCCAGCCAGAGCUGCAAAAAAAUGGGAGAACCUAAAGAAAACAUACAAGGAACUUUUAAGGCCUCCCACCGGCAGUGGCACUGAGGCAGGGGAAGCUUCAGCAGCAUCAUGGAAGUGGUUCUCCUUGAUGCAUGAGGCAAUAGGCAACAGGGCAUCUGUUAGGCCUCCAUGCCUCAUUGCCUCAUGCUGGGAGAACCCUUCCACAUCCUCUGGGGCAUCCUCUGCCUCAGUCCAACAACAGCAGGAGCAGGCAGGGGAAGAUGAGGAGGAGGAGCGGCGGCCGCCGCCAGCUAAGAGGCCACGGCGGGGCAGCCUUUUCCAAAUUUUAGAAAAGGCAGAGAGCAGAGAGGAGGAAAGAGCCGCAAGAGAGGAGGAAAGGGCCAGAAGAGAUGAGGAAAGGGCCAGAAGAGAGGAAGAGAGACAAGAAAGACUCUUACUUAUUCUAGAAAAGAUUGUAGAAAAAAUUUAAUGUUGUUUUGUAUUGUUCCAAUAUGUUUAAUAAAUUCAUGAACAGAAAUGAAUUAUUAACAAGUAUUAUUUAAACCUGAGCCAUUUUUAACAAUCUCAAAAACAUCAACAAUCUCCUAAACAUCCAAGGUAACUAUUUACAAUUUCAUCUUAUAUUUAAGCCCUUUUUUUAUACAUCUUAACAAUAAUCAUGUUCUUCUAGAGCCAUUUGUGGCCCAGUUGGAGCUGACAGGAAACCAGAGAUUUGGCCUCGCAGACGGAUUCCACUCUGCUCGUCCUGCUGGUUCCUGGCGUUGUCCUGCUGUGGCUCAACUGUGGGCUCCAACCAGUCCCCUUCACUGAUGCACAUAUUGUGCAGGAUGGCGCUGCAGGCAAUGAUUUUGACGGCAAAUUUUGAUUUAACUUCCAACGCCCCCAGAAAUAUGGCUCUCCACCUCGUCUUCAUCAUUCCAAAGGCUCUUUCCACCACAGAGCGUGCCUUGGCGUGGUGCCGGUUGUAUCGGGCCUCAACUGCAUUUCUUAGGGGUUCCCUGUAGGGUGUCAGCAGCGUGAUGGGUUGCGCAAUGCAGGGAUACCCACCAUCACCUAAAAGGAUGUAUCCUUCAGGUGGGUAUGUUUUAUUGGUGUAAAUUGGGCUGUUGCGCAGAACCCGUGAAUCACGGACCGAUCCAGGAUAACCAACAAAGAUGUCUAAAAAUUUGGCAUUCGAGUCGCAAACAGCCUGCAUCUGAAUUGAAUAAAAAAGCUUCCUGUUAAAAUAAGAAGCUGGAUCUUCUUUUGGAGCCUUGAUUCUUAUGUGGCAGCCAUCAAUGCUCCCCACGACCUUUUGGAAAGCAGCAGACCCAGCGAGCUGCUCAAAUCCAGAGGCGACUAAUGGCAGUUCAGCCCUACUGGGAAGCCGGAUGACCCUGCGCAUCAGCUGGAGGAUGCGAUCUGCCGUCCUGUGGACAAUGUCACUUACAGUGGACCGUGGCAUAUCAAAGGCCCUGGCUACCACACGGUAAGAUGUGCCACAGCCCAGCCAGA